UGGUUGUGUACGCAUGAACCUUGGAUGCUGCUCACAUGCGAUGCGCGAUUCCAAUGGGUUGCGGCAUCCGACUCCUGACAUCAAGUCUUCUCGCCAUGGCGAUGGAUCCCGUUCUUCCGAGCCGCGAUCUGGCACACAUGAAAGAAGUCACCGACGUACCCAGCACACCACGGCCAUUGACGGCGACACCAUCGACGACACUGCGCAUGAACAUGUCCAACUUCACAAACGUGACCAAGUUGCCGCCAGUAACGACGCCAACAUCGUAUCAGCCAUGGCCGAAAGCGACUCCAGUGCCGACGGACGCUGAAGAAACCGAAGCUCCAACUCCAGCUACCUCUCGAGUUCCGACGGCUUUUCCAGUUCCAGACUCCUCUCCAGAUCCAACGCCUGCGGUAGUCGAAUUGAACUCGUCAGCUUCCAGCCACACGAUUGCAGUCACGAUCAUCACCUUCCUGGGUGGUGCCAUCGCGCUCGUGUCGGUCUUUUGCAUCUGGCAGCGCUUCCUUCGUCGUGGGAAGAGGGACGAUGACGGAGCCACGUCCCCACCAGCAUUGUACAUCCGCCAUCCGUCGAAUGCCCCGACAGCGGCAUCCUCUGCCGCGAGCAUGCACAACGACGGGAUCAACUGGCACAAUUUGCAUCGUAUUCAAGUCGCCGUCGGCGCCAUUCAGCGCACAAAGCCGUUGGCUUCCGGUGCAUUUGGAACGAUCUGGCUAGGGACAUACAUGAACAAGACGGUGGCCGUCAAGACUUGCUCGAAAUCGACGCGGACGGACAUUCAAACCUUUCUCGAUGAGCUUGACUUGAUGUCGUCGCUUCAAUGUCCUUUCAUUGUGGCAUUGUUGGCCGCAGCAUGGACCAAGGCCACCGACGUCCAUGCCGCGUUGGAGUACAUGCCCAUGGGCGACCUUCGCGACUUUUUGACUCGUUCGAAAGGGCUUUCCACACCACCGUGGGCGGAAAAGAUCGCUAUCGCGAUCCACGUUGUGAAAGCGCUCGUGUACCUCAAGGCAAACGGAAUUAUUCACCGCGACUUAAAGAGCCGAAAUGUACUCUUGGACGAGACCACUGGCGCAAAACUGGCUGACUUCGGCAUCUCGAGGCGCGCGACCGACGCUAGCAUGUCAUGCGGUGUUGGCACGUAUCGCUGGAUCGCUCCAGAGGUGCUGGCAUUCCGGCAUUACACCGUCGCGGUGGAUGUGUUUUCGUUUGGGGUGCUGCUGACCGAGCUCGACACCCACGAGUUGCCGUACUGGGACGUCGUGCAAGACAAACGAAGUUCGUCGAAUGCGUCGAUCGUGUGGAGAGUGCUCCACGAAAACCUGCGACCGACUUUCACGGCGCAGUGCCCCCAGUGGAUUGUCGACCUCGCGACCGCUUGCAUGCACUUCGAUCCUGCCCGUCGUCCUGUGCCCGAACAGAUCCUCGGUCUCCUCGAAACGCGUCAGUGCGGCGAGGCACCAUGAGGUUGAGUUAUCUGAAUUCGUAUCACGUGUGGCAGUGCGCUGGUCAUGUUUUUUCGGUGUGGCAAUGCGCUGGUCAUGUUUUUUCGGUGGUUUCGCGCCUUACGCCCAGUAACUCUCGAGCAGCACAUGCCA